AUGUUUUACCAGGGGAGCCUGCAAGAGGGCAUUUCCACGGCGGUGGGCCAGCAGAAGCUGGUGCUUUGCUUCGUGACGAAUGAAAACGACGAGAGUCAAACAUGGGAACAUGAAUAUCUACAAGACAGCUCUCUCUUGAAGCUGAUAGAGACGCAAGCAGUUGCCCUGCGGCUCAUUGCAGACUCAGAAGAGGCCGGAUACCUGUCGCAAAUCUUCCCGCUCCCCAAGACGCCGACUGUUGUCAUCAUGAAGCACGGCGAGCUGAAGGAGUACAUUUCCGCCGGCACCAGCAAGGAGGACUUCCUCCGCCGGAUCCUCGUCGCCUUCAAUGCCGCUCCGCCAGUGGUUUCUGCCGCCGCCGCAUCGUCGUCGUCGUUACCAUCACCAGCCUCGUCACCGGCAACUUCACCGACAAGACCGGCUGCCCCUGUCCCCGCUGCCGCACACGCUUCCGUUCUCGCUCCCGCUCCCUCGACAUCUCCACCACCGCCGCCCCAGGCCCAAACGCAAUCACAAUCGCAGACACAUGCACCGCCCGCGAGCGUACAAGCCGCCGCACAAUCCGAGAUCGUUAACAGGAUCCUCGCCGAAAGGGCGGCCAAGCUCAAGGCGCAAAAAGAAGAGGCCGAGCGAAAGGCCAAGGAGGAGCGGGCUAAGGCCCAGGAAAAGGCCAAAGCAGAGGCCCAAGCAGGGGCGAAUACAGAUGGCGCCAAAGUAUAUCAGCAGGCCGAAGAGCUGAAGAAGAAGCGAUUGGCGGAACAAGAGGAGCGCCGAAGAAUCUUGAAGCGGAUAGAGGAUGACAAAGAGGAGAGGCGGAUGCGGGCGUCGGCAAAGGAGCAGCAGAAGAUUGAAAGCCAAAGGGCCGACGACGCUUCCUCGGCCAGCGCGAAGCUGAGCAAACUGCCCUCGACGACCAGGGUGUCUGAAAUGGCAUCGAUACAGGUCCGCCUCUUUGAUGGCUCAACCGUCCGCUCGCGGUUCAAGACGGCAUCUCCCCUAAAGGAACAGGUUCUGACGCCGCUGCCCAACAAGAACAUUGACGCAACGGAGGAAAACAAGGCCCUCGGCGAGCUGGGUUUGGUCCCGUCGUCAACAUUGGUCCUGAUUCCCGUCCAAAAGUACUCCUCGGCUUACAGCGCGGCGGAGCAGCAGCAUAAAUCCUUCUUUUCCAGGUUCAUCGCCAUGAUUCUGGGCUUCUUCACAUGGCUCCUCAGCUUGAUUGGCCUGGGUGGUGGACAGAGAGAAGCCACGAGAGAAAGGGGGUCGUCGGAUGCGGCGGCGAGAACGGCUUCCGAGGAGAGAAAUCGCCGAGUCAGAGGUCUACAGAACUUGCAGCGCGAUCACCAACUUUACAAUGGCAAUUCGCUGAAUUUUGAGCCUCGGCCAGACGACGACGAAACAUGA